AUGUCGUCUGCUCUUGCGCUCAAGUGCGCUGCUAUUUUGGGCGCCUCAGGCGUUGCUCUUGGCGCCUUUGGCGCGCACGGACUGAAGAACGUCAUUACAGACCCAGAGAAAAUUAAGACUUGGGAUAUGGCGUCUAGAUAUCAGCUAAUUCACGCUGUGGCUCUUUUGGGAUUUUCAGCCACUGGCCGUCGCAGCCGCAGUGUCGUCGGCCUGUGGACAGUUGGAGCAGUGUUGUUUUCGGGCUCGAUAUAUUGUCUGGUCCUCAAUAGGGAUGUCUUUAGACCGCUGGGACCCGUUACGCCUCUUGGUGGCAUGUUCAUGAUCGCUGGCUGGCUUGCGCUGUUGGUCGCGCCCUAA